UGACCUCACAGCUCAGAUUACAGGCUAACUCUCAUCCAGAAACAUUACAUUUAUCUAACAUAAAAUAAACCAUCUGUACAUGAAUACAACUCAGAAUGGAGCAAGGACUCAUCUGGAUGAAGUGUUUCUGACUGUGUGAAGGUAGAAGGUGUGUGAGCUGAUGUGAAUCCAGCAGCAUGGGUCUGGGUCAGAGCAGAGAGGAGGUAGUCCUUCCCUCCAGAACCUCCCCAAGGGGAAACCCUGAGAGAGAAGAAGAGAGGAGACCUGGACCUGGACCUGGACCUGGACCUGGACCUGGACUUGGACCUGGACCUGGACCUGGACCAGGACCUGGACCUGGACCUGGACCUGGACCUGGACCUGGUCCUGGUCCUGAACCUGGACCUGGACCUGGACCUGGACCUGGUCCCAGCUGUGUGUCCUUGAAGAGUGACAGAUCCAAGGAUUUCAUUUGGGAGUUUAAAGAUACCCAACGUUCUCCCUCAGUGAGGAGACGACCUGGACCUGGAUCUGGAUCUGGAUCUGGUCCCAGCUGUGUGUCCUUGAAGAGUGACAGAUCCAAGGAUUUCAUUUGGGAUUUUAAAGAUACCCAACGAUUUUCCUCAGUGAGAUGGUUGCAGAUCUCAGAGUCCCCCAGUGGUCCGUCUGUCCAGCAGCAUCAGACCCAGCUGGACUCCGUCUUUCAGCUGCUGGAGGACGACAUCAUCAUGUUUGUAAAGGACGAGCUGAAGAAGAUCCUGAAGGUUCUGAGUCCAGAUUACCCAGAAUCCUUAGAGAGUCUGGAGGAGGAUGAAGAUGAAGAUGAAGAGCAGAAGAGCAUCAGAGAGGCACUUGUGAAGAUCACAGUGAAGUUGUUGAGGAGGAGGAAGCAGGAGGAGCUGGCCGACCUCGUGCAGAGCAAGACCGUCGCUGCUGUUUGUCAAUCCAAACUCAAAGUUCGGCUGCAGAAGAAGCACCAGCAUGUGUUUGAGGGGAUCAUUAAAGCAGGAAAGACAAUCCUUCUAGAGCAGAUCUACACGGAGCUCUACAUCACAGAGGGAGGGACCGGAGAGGUCAACGAUGAACAUGAAGUCAGACAGAUUGAAGCAGCUUCCAGGAAACCAGACGGAGCAGAAACAGCCAUCAGACAGGAAGACAUCUUUAAACCCCCACCUGGAAGAGGAGGACCAAUCAGAACGGUGAUGACGAAGGGAGUGGCCGGCAUCGGGAAAACAGUCCUAACCCAGAAGUUCAGUCUGGACUGGGCUGAAGGCAGAACCAACCAGGACAUCCAGUUCCUGCUUCCAUUCACCUUCAGACAGCUGAAUGUGCUGAGAGAGGAGAAGUUCAGCUUGGUGGAACUAAUUCAUCGAUUCUUCUCCGAAACCAGAGGAAUCUGCAGCUUUGAAGAGUUCCAGGUCGUGUUCAUCUUUGACGGUUUGGAUGAGUGUCGACCUCCUCUGGACUUCCACAACAAUGAGGUCCUGACUGAUGUUACAGAGUCCACCUCAGUGGACGUGCUGCUGACAAACCUCAUCAGGGGGAACCUGCUUCCUUCUGCUCGUCUCUGGAUCACCACACGACCCGCAGCAGCCAAUCAGAUCCCUCCUGAGUGUGUCUCCAUGGUGACGGAGGUCAGAGGGUUCACUGACCCACAGAAGGAGGAAUACUUCAGGAAGAGGUUCAGAGGAGAGGAGCAGACCAGCAGGAUCGUCUCCCACAUCAAGACAUCACGGAGCCUCCACAUCAUGUGCCAUAUCCCAGUCUUCUGCUGGAUCACUGCUACGGUCCUGGAGAACGUCCUGGAGAACGUCCUGGAGACCAGAGAGAGAAGGAAGCUGCCCAACACCCUGACUGAGAUGUACAUCCACUUCCUGGUGGUCCAGGUCAAACUGAAGAAGGUCAAGUAUGAUGGAGGAACUGGGACGGAUUCACACUGGAGUCCAGAGAACAGGAAGAUGGUGGAGUCUCUGGGAAAACUGGCUUUUGAGCAGCUGCAGAAAGGAAACCUGAUCUUCUAUGAAUCAGACCUGAGAGAGUGUGGUAUCGAUGUCAGAGAGGCCUCAGUGUACUCAGGAGUGUUCACCCAGAUCUUUAGAGAGGAGAGCGACCUGUACGAGGACCAGGUCUUCUGCUUCAUCCAUCUGAGUGUUCAGGAGUUUCUGGCUGCUCUUCAUGUCCAUCAGACCUUCAACAGCUCUGGGGUCAACCUGCUGGAGGAUCAACGAACAACUCACCGUUCUUCAACUGAUUUCUAUCGGACAGCUGUGGACAAGGCCUUACAGAGUCCUAACGGACACCUGGACUUGUUCCUCCGUUUCCUCCUGGGUCUUUCACUGGAGACCAAUCAGAACCUCCUACAAGGUCUGUUGGAACCAAAACAAAGAAGUUCACAGAACAAUCAGGAAACAGUUGAAUACAUCAAUAAGAAAAUCAGUGAGGAUCUGUCUGCAGAGAGAAGCAUCAACCUGUUCCACUGUCUGAAUGAACUGAACGAUGGUUCUCUGGUGAAGGAGGUCCAAUGGUUCCUGAGGUCUGGACGUCUCUCCACAGAUAAACUGUCUCCUGCUCAGUGGUCGGCUCUGGUCUUCAUCUUACUGUCAUCAGGAGAAGAUCUGGAGGUGUUUGACCUGAAGAAGUUCUCAGCUUCAGAGGAGGCUCUACGGAGGCUGCUGCCGGUGGUCAAAGCCUCCAAGAAAGUUCUACUGAGUGGCUGUAACCUCUCAGAGGACAUCUGUCCACUUCUGUCCUCAGUUCUCAGCUCUCAGUCCUCCAGUCUGACAGAACUGGACCUGAGCAACAACGACCUGCAGGAUUCUGGACUGGAGCACCUUUGUCCUGGACUGGAGAGUCCACACUGUCACCUGGAGUCUCUCAGGCUGUCAGGCUGUCUGAUCUCAGAGGAAGGAAGUUCUUCUCUGGUCUCAGCUCUGACCUCCAACCCCUCCCACCUGAGAGAGCUGGACCUGAGCUACAACCAUCCAGGAGAGUCAGCAGGGAAGCUUCUGUCUAGACUGGAGGAUCCCCGCUGGAGACUGGACACUCUCAGGGUGGAGCCUGCUGGACAACGAUGGCUGACACCAGGUCUGAGGAAGUAUUCCUGUCAACUCACCGUCGACAUAAACACAGUCAACAACAAGAUCAAACUGUCUGAUGACAACAGGAAGAUGACGUAUUGGGGGUAUCAGUCAUAUCCUGAUCAUCCAGACAGGUUUGAUUACUGGGAGCAGCUUCUGUGUAGAGAAGUUCUGACGGGUCGCUGUUACUGGGAGGUCCAGUGGAGCGGACAUGUUCAUGUAUCAGUGAGUUACAGAAGAAUCAGCAGGAAAGGAGACUCUGGUGACUGUUGGUUUGGAGGAAACGAUCAUUCCUGGAGUCUGGACUGUUCUCCUGGUCAUCAGUACCAUGUCUGUCACAAUAACAUAGGAACACUCAUCACCUCCUCAUCUCCACGUCCAGGCUCUAACAGAGUAGCAGUGUACGUGGACGUUCCUGCUGGAACUCUGUCCUUCUAUGAAGUCUCUGUCUCUGACAGACUGAUCCACCUCCACACCGUCAACACCACCUUCACUGAACCUCUCUGUGCUGGAUUUGGAUUCUGGUCCUGGUCUGGGUUUAGGUUUACGUCCAGUCCUGGUUCCUCAGUGUCUCUGUGUCCAGUUUAGUCUCCAGAGUCUCCUGUCAGAGAAACUGUCUCUGCUGGAUCCUGGACUUGGACUCUGGUUCUGGUUCCUCAGUGUCUCCAUGAUGAUGAUGAUGAUGAUGAUGAUGAUGAUGAAGAGAUGAUCACCAUUUAUUCUUAGUUUUUUGGUUUAUUGUAUUUUUAUUUGAUCUUUUUCACAUUUAAACAUUGACUAAUUUACUUUACUUUAGGUGUGGUUAAACCUCUGACCUAUAUCUUUAAUCUUUCAUUCAGAACUGGAAUCUUUCCAAAUGAAAUGAAAACAGCAAAAGUAAUUCCUUUAUAUAAGUCUGGUGGAAAAGAACUAUCGUCAAACUAUAGACCAGUGUCUUUACUUCCGCAAUUUUCAAACAUUUUGGAGAAAAUAUUUGUCACAAGAUUGGAUAGUUUUAUAGAAAAGCAUAACAUCAUGAGUGAGAAUCAGUACGGUUUUAGAGCAAAUCAGUCUACUGGAUUAGCACUUAUGAAACUCAUGGAUGAAAUAACUACCGCCAUUGAUAAUAAAUUACACACGAUAGGAAUUUUUAUUGACCUUAAAAAGGCCUUUCAUACGAUCGAUUAUGAAUUACUAAUGCAAAAGAUGUAUAAGUAUGGCGUCAGAGGGGUAGCUUACUCCUGGUUGUGUUCUUAUCUAAGUAACAGAUGGCAAUAUGUAUCUUGUGAUAAAACUGAUUCUGUGUUAUUGAGGGUUACAUGCGGGGUCCCGCAAGGGUCUGUGCUGGGGCCAAAAUUAUUUAUUUUGUAUCUGAACGAGCUUUGUAAAGUGUCAAAAAAUAUGAACUGUAUCGUUUUUGCAGAUGAUACAAAUUUUUUUUGUUUUGGGGACCAGUUAACUGAAAUUAUAGCUACUGUUGAAAAUGAGAUGAAACUUGUAAAGAAAUGGUUUGAUGUAAAUAAGUUAUCUUUAAAUAUAAGUAAAACAAAGUUUAUGAUAUUUGGGAACCGUAAAAUAGAUAAGGUAGUUAAAUAAUAGAGAAUAGAAGAUACAGAAAUAGAAAGGGUGUUUGAGACAAAAUUUUUAGGUGUCAUCAUGGAGCAUAAAUUAAAUUGGAAGAUGCAUAUUAAUCAUGUCAAAUCUAAAUUAGCUAAAUCGAUAGCCAUAUUAUACAAGGUAAAAGAUAUGUUGAACCAGCGUGCUUUAUAUAUUUUGUAUUGUACUAUGUUUAUUCCCUACAUUACAUACUGUUUAGAAAUAUGGGGGAGUGCAUAUCUGACCCAAACUAAACCGAUCUUUAUUCUUCAAAAAAGAGCGGUAAGGAUUAUCACAAAAUCAACUUAUAGAGAACCAUCAAAUGAAUUAUUUAUUAAAUUAAGGGCAUUUAAGUUCAUGGAUUUAGUGGAAUACAAAAUAGCAUUGAUAAUGUACAAAGUGUUCAACAGAUUGUUACCUAGUAAAAUUGUAAGCAUGUUUAAAAUAAGGGUAAGUAGAUUUGAGCUUCGAGGGAAACGUAUGAUUGAAAAACCAAAGUCUAGGACUAAAAUUAAAGAUCAAUGUAUUACUGUAAAUAUUACUGUCAGGGCUGUAAAUAUAUGGAAUGCACUUGAUGACAAAUUGAAGAUGUGCCAGUCGAUUCAUGCUUUCAAACGUUUGUUUAAGUUUAAUGUGUUUGAAAAAUAUGAGGAUCCAGUAGAUGAAACUAUUACGGAAUUAUGUACGGGAUUGUGUAAACAAUAUGAUUUAUUUUAUUAUGUUUUGUAUGUUUGAUCUGAAAAAGUUGAUCAUGUGAGAAGGGUAGGUGUAAAUAAGCAAUAGCUUCAGCCUAUUCCUUUUCGGUUAGGUCUGUUUUUUUUUAUGUGAACUAAUGCUUUCAGUUGGUGUCUACAUUAAGAAUGACCUGACCGAAAUAAAUAUAUUUUCAUUUCAUUUCAUUUCAUUUCAUUUACUGGAUUGUUGACGAUUGAUCAUAAAUUAGAUUUUUAUCUCAUUAUUCUUGUUUUAUUCUGGAUUCUGUCUCUAAAUGUUUUCAUGUUUGACUUCACGUUUAGAUUCUUAAAGUCUUGUUUCUUUACUGAAGGAAAGUUUGAGCUUCAAAUCUAAACAUUUCCAUUUUACAUUCAACUUUUCCAGUUUGUAUAAUAUUUGAUUGCUUUAUCUGAUUGUUUUAAUUUGAUUCCUUCAGUUUUCAAAGUUGUUGAUGUAAAAAUGAAGUGAGAAGAUAGAAAUAUUCAUGUAACAUCCAACAUGUAAAAACAUCAGCAACAUGUGUAAAAGUAUUCAAGGGUUAGGGUUAACCCUUGUCUCCUUUCACUGUAUUGUGCUGAGUUGUGUUAUGUCUUGAUGUGUUUUGUGUAGGACCCCCUCGUAAACGAGUUGUUACAACUCAAGGGGUUUAUCCUACUAUAAAUAAACAACUUCAA